AUGGAGGUCCUCAAUAGACCUGCCGUUCAGGCGUCUGGUGUACCAAUUUCCUGGACGCUUUAUUUCCCUAGCGAGGAGUUCUCUCCCGAGGACAGACGAGCCGAGCUCAUAAAAUCGCUCAUUGACGGAUUCCUCACGGAGAAAGGCCAGCAGCUGCUGCAGCAGGCCGAUCCUAAGGAGCUGUCUCUGUUUUCAAGAUGGACGGUCAGCAUGGAGUCAUUGAAGCAGCAUCUGCAGCCUGCGUGCAGCGCUGGCCAGAGUGAUCUGGGCGCAGCUGCGGAGUUGCUGCUUCAAGCGCUUGAAGCAGCGCCUGAGGAAGCACUGGCCUGCCUCGGUGCUGCUGCCACUGAGAUGUUUCUGGAGAGAGGCCUGAUCGAGGCCCCAGCCCUUCCCUCUGCGUCAGCAUGUGCCUCACAGCACGCCUCCUCUCGCCUGGCUGUGAGGCUGGUGGACCACACUGACUCAGUCAUCGAGUUCAAGAAGCUCAAAGCCAGCAGCCUCGAUCGGCUGGUGACAGUGUGUGGGACGGUGGUGCGGGUGGGUCCACUGCGGCCUCUAGUGGUGGCAAUGGAUUUCACCUGCACUCGCUGCGGCGCCAUCACCUCGCUCUCCUUCCCUGACGGCCGUUUCACCCAGCCUACUGCUUGCGGUCAUGACAACUGCCGCAACCGCACCUUCUUGCAAAACCGGGCAGGUGCCCGGAAAAUAAACUUUCAGACAAUACGUCUUCAGGAGCUGACAGGCGGCACGGGAGGGGGAGAGGACAUGGGGAGGAUGCCGCGGGUGGUUGACUGCGAGCUGAGGGAGGACCUGGCGGAUGCGUGCCUGCCGGGGGACGUGGUGGCAGUGUGUGGGAUUGUCAAGAUCAUCAACAACGAGACGGACGUGGGAGGAGGGCGGUCCAAGAAGAGAGAACAAUGCCUUUUCCAGCUCUACAUUGAUGCCAUCUCUGUCGUCAACGCCAACUCCCAGUCCACUACCCCAAGCGCCGCCGCCACCACUGCUGCAACUGCCACCCCUGCUCUCCGCUCUCCUCCCUCUGCGGGUGGUGCGAGUGGAGGGGCGGUGGAGCUGGGCGAGGAGGACCUGAGGGGCAUAUUGGAGUAUGUGGUGGAGCAUGAGGGCGAGGGCGACCUGUUUCAGCACAUCGUGCACUCCUUCUGCCCCUCCAUCUACGGCCAUGUGCUUGUUAAAGCGGGCAUUAUACUGUCGCUCUUUGGAGGUGUGCGCAAGCAUGAAGGGGAUGCCAACCGCGUGCCAGUCAGGGGCGAUGUGCACGCGCUGCUAGUGGGAGAUCCAGGCAUGGGCAAGAGCCAGCUGCUCAAAGCAGCAGCAGCGGUGGCACCUCGUGGGGUGUAUGUGUGUGGCUCUGGCGCCUCCUCUGUGGGGCUCACAGUGGCCGUGGUGAAGGACGGGCCUGGUGGGGAGUACGCAUUCGAAGCAGGAGCAAUGGUGAUGGCGGAUCAGGGCACGUGCUGCAUUGACGAGUUUGAUAAGAUGGGCAACGAGCAACAGGCGCUAUUGGAGGCCAUGGAGCAGCAGAGCGUGAGUGUGGCCAAGGCAGGACUGCUGGCAAACUUCAGUGCGCGCACUGCAGUGCUGGCUGCUGCUAACCCCGUUUGCGGGCAUUACAAUCGAGCGCGCACACUAAACGAGAAUCUGAAGCUGUCUGCCGCUCUGCUGUCAAGAUUCGAUUUGAUCUUCAUUCUCCUGGACCGCCCAGACCACCACACGGACCAACGUCUGUCAGAGCACGUGCUACAGAUGCAUGCGGGCAUGCCAUCUCGCUCCAAGGCAUCCAAACGCAGCUCCCAUCUCUUCCUCACGGCCCCAUCAGCCACGGACGGCCAUGCAUCGCACCUCGACCUGCCCCUCUCCCACCGCCUCCGCCUGCGCUCCUCUGCUGCCCGCAACUUCUCCCCCCUCUCCCCUGCUCGCCUGCGCCAGUACAUUGCAUAUGCCCGCACGCAUGUGCACCCCAGGCUCUCAGAGGAGGCGCGUGCAGUGAUCAAGGCGUUCUAUUUGCGGCUGAGGGAGCACAGCCGCGCCAUGGACGGCCCUCCAAUCACAGCGCGCCAGCUGGAGAGCCUCGUCCGGCUUGCCGAGGCUCGGGCCCGUGUGGAGCUGCGGGAGGAAGUUACCGAGGCUGAUGCCCAGGAGGCAGUGGAGCUGAUGGGGGAGUGCUUGCUGGACAAGCUAACAGACGAGGCGGGCAACAUUGACGCGGGGCGGGGCGGCAGCUCGAGCAAGUCAAAGGAGUCAAAGCGGUUCCUUGCCGCCCUGCAACGCACGGCUAAGCAGGCAAUCAAAACGUGCUUCUCAAGGAAGGAGCUGGCCCAGUUAGCGGAUGACAUGUGUCUGAGAGUGCCGGAUCUCGAUGCACUGAUUGACAGCCUGAAUGAAGCGGGCUUCCUGCUGAAGAAGGGUGGAGGGCUCUUCCAGGUACGAGUCACCCUCAUCACUCUUGAGUCGGCUCAUUAG